AAACGCGAUGGCUUCACUUUUGAGGACUAGUGCGACACACUGAUUUAAACAGCUAGAAUCGACUCUAUACAGAACAUCAAAGUGUUUGAUAGGAACCUUUAUCAAAGCUACGCCACGACUUUCGUGUAGCUGCUUCAUAGAAAGGCGGUGGAUUUUGUGAAUCUGUGUAAAUAAGAGUCAGUGCUGGAGAUCAGAUUCUGUUUCAUCAUGGAGGACACACAAACAUCCACAGAUCAAGAGUUUUCUCCAGGAUGCAGUUCAGUUUAUCAGAAGAGACCAGAACCAGAGUCCAGAUGUGUGUCUGUGGGGAGUGACACAUCUAUGCAUCAUCUUGUAACAUUUAAGAGUGGAGAUAUAAAGACUAAUCUCAGUUAUAGAUCAGAAGGAGAGUCCAGCUGUGUGUCUAUGAGGAGUGAUGCAUCUGUUCCAUUAGAUUAUAUGGGUGAAGAGACCGAAACUGAUCUCAGGCAUGAAGUCCUCGACAGGUUUAGAUCAAAUCUGCUGAAGAAGUUUGAGCGUCUGUAUGAGGGAACAGCGACGCAGAGAAACCCAACACUCCUGAAUGAGAUCUACACAGAGCUCUACAUCACAGAGAGUGAGAGUGGAGAGAUCAGUAAUGAGCAUGAGGUGAGACAGAUUGAGACACAAUCCAGGAGAGCAGCAACAGAGGACACAGCCAUCAAAUGCAGUGACAUCUUUAGACCUUUACCUGGACAAGACAAAGCCAUAAGAACUGUGCUGACAAAGGGAGUCGCUGGCAUUGGAAAAACAGUCUCUGUGCAGAAGUUGAUCCUGGACUGGGCUGAAGGGAAAGAGAAUCAGGACGUCCAGCUCAUAUUUCCACUUCCUUUCAGAGAAAUCAACCUGAUGAAGGAUAAAACACUCAGUCUUUCAGAUCUUCUUCAUGUCUUUCUCCCGGAAACUAAAGAAAUUAAAAUAUCCAGUGAUGAAUAUAAAGUGUUGUUCAUCUUUGAUGGUCUGGAUGAGUGUCGUCUGUCUCUGGAUUUUAAGAGUAAAGUGAAACUGUGUAAUAUCUCUGAAUCAGCCUCAGUGGACGAGCUGCUGAUGAACCUCAUUGUGGGGAAUCUGCUUCCCUCUGCUCUCAUCUGGAUCACCUCCAGACCAGCAGCAGCUGAUCUCGUCCCGUCUGAGUGUGUCCAUCGAGUGACAGAGGUACGAGGCUUCACUGAGCCACAGAAGGAGGAAUACUUCAGGAAGAGAAUCAGUGAUCAGAGUCUGGCCGAUAGGAUCAUCUCACACCUGAAGUCAUCAAGGAGCCUCUACAUCAUGUGCCACAUCCCAGUGUUCUGCUGGAUCUCAGCUGCUGUUCUGGAGAAGAUGUUGAGUCGAGCAGAGAGUGGAGAGAUUCCCAAGACUCUCACUCAGAUGUACACACACUUCCUGAUCCUUCAGACCAACAUCAAACAUGAGAAGGAAUAUGAGAAGAAGCUGACAGAUGAAGACAUGAUCCUCAAACUGGGGAAAGUGGCUUUUGAGCAGCUUGUGAAAGGCAACCUGAUCUUCUAUGAGGAAGACCUGAGAGAGUGUGGCAUUGAUGUGAGAGAAGCAUCUGUGUACUCAGGAUUGUGCACUCAGAUCUUCAGAGAGGAGUUGGGUUUGUAUCAGGGGAAAGUCUUCUGCUUUGUUCAUCUGAGCAUUCAGGAACAUUUAGCAGCUCUAUAUGUGCACAUUUUAUUUAAAAAUGAUAAAUACAGAAAUUUGCUUGAGCCCAUCACCAAACAGUCUAAAUUGAAGGACUGGUUUCAGCUCAAUUCAUCAGAACAUGUUUCAUUAUCUGAGCUGCAUCAGAGAGCUGUGGAUGAGGCUUUACAGAGUAAAAAUGGACAUCUGGAUCUUUUCCUGCGGUUCCUUCUGGGUUUGUCAGUGGAGUCUCAUCAGAUUCUCCUACAACAAAUAAUGACACUGAAAAGAAGCAGCUCUGACAGAAAUGAGAAAACAGUUGAGUACAUCAAGAAGAAGAUCAGGACCAUUGACUCUCCGGAGAAAUCCAUCAAUCUGUUCCACUGUCUGAAUGAACUGGGUGAUCAUUCACUAGUGGAGGAAAUACAACAGUAUCUGAACUCUAGAAGAAUAAAGGAAGCUAAACUCUCUUCAUCUCAGUGGUCAGCUGUAGCUUUUGUGUUGUUGACAUCAGAAGAGGAACUGAAUGAGUUUCGUCUUGAUAAAUUUGUUAAAAAAAAGAAUGAGCCUGAAAAUAUGAAAGUUCUUCAGAAGCUGCUGCCUGUGAUUAAAGAAUCCAGAUCAGUUCAGUUGAGUUAUUGUAGCAUCACAGAUGAAGGUUGUGCUGCUCUGGCUUCAGCUCUGAGAUCAAACCCUUCACACCUGAGAGAACUGGAUCUGUCUUGGAAUAAAAUAGGAAAAUCAGUUAAUCUGCUCUUUGGUGUACUACAAAAUCCUCAUUGUAAACUGGAGAAACUGUGGUUGAGGGAUUGCGGCAUCACAGAUGAAGGUUGUUCUGCUCUGGCUUCAGCUCUGAGAUCAAACCCCUCACACCUGAGACAACUGGGUCUGUCUCUGAAUGAAAUAGGAGAUUUGGGUGUGAAGUAUCUCUGUGCUGGACUGGAGGAUCCUCGCUGUAAACUGGAGAUACUGUGGUUGAAUGAUUGUGGACUCACAGAUGAAGGUUGUGCUGCUCUGGCUUCAGCUCUGAGAUCAAACCCCUUACACCUUAGAGAACUGAGUAUGACUGGGAAUAAACUGGGAAAAUCUGUGAAUCUGCUGUCCGAUGUACUACAACAUUCUCACUGUAAUCUGGAGAUACUGCUAUUGAGUUAUUGUAGCAUCCCAGAUGAAGGUUGCACUGCUUUGGCUUCAGCUCUGAGAUCAAACUCCUCACACCUAAGAGAACUGGAUCUGUAUGGGAAUAAACUAGGAGAUUCAGGAGUGAAACGUCUCUGUGCUGGACUGAAGUAUCCUCACUGUAAACUGGAGAUACUGUGGUUGAAUAAUUGUGGCGUCACAGAUGAAGGUUGUGCUGCUCUGGCUUUAACUCUUACAUCAAACCCCUCACACUUGAGAGAACUGGAUCUUUCUGGGAAUAAACUAGGAAAAUCAGGAGUGAAGUUACUCUCUGAUCUUAAAGAUGAUCCACUUUAUAAACUGGAGAGAUUCUACUAUUGUAGGUAUAUUAUUAUUAAAAUAUUUUAAAAUGGUCAAAGUUUAGUAACAGGC